AUGUUAGAGGUGCACGAGUACGGGAUCAACUCUGUUUCCCUCCCAACUUGUAGCAGUAUUCUGACGCCCAGCGGACGCUGUGUUUGUUGCAGCAAUGAGAGGGCUCAGAGGUCACGGAUGCACGAGCGCGGGACCAGCGCCGAGAGACGUUACAAGCGCAGCCACCGUCGCUCUCCCACGUCCAGUAAUCACAGACGCCACCACACCAGCGCCGCCAAAUACCGGGAGCGUGAAAGGGAGCGCGACAGGGAGCGUGAGCAGGAGCAGCGAGAUCGAGAUAGGGAGCGAGAGCGGGAGCGUCACCACCACAAGCGACGGGAGGCGGAGGCCGCCAGACGGCGCAGUUACUCGUCCAGUCAGGUGAGUACUCCCCUUGUCCACUAG